AUGUCCUCAUCCUACACCAACCCCAUCCUCCCCGGCUUCAACCCGGACCCCUCCAUAAUCCGCUCCGGAAAUUUCUACUACCUAAUAACCUCCUCCUUCGAAUACUUCCCGGGGAUCCCGCUCUACCGCUCCACAGAUCUCAUCUCCUGGACGCUAAUCUCGCACGUACUAACGCGACCCUCGCAGCUGAACAUAAAAACCGUCGAGCCAGGCGGCGGGAUCUGGGCGCCCACACUCCGCGAACACAAAGGCGAGUUCUACGUCACAGCAGCUUGUUUUGAGCGGUAUAGACCGCAACUAGAUGAGAGGGUGUGGCCGAGGGGCUUUUACGUGAAGACGAAUGAUAUUGAGGGGGAGUGGGGUGAGCCGGUUUGGUUUGAUCAGGUGGGGUUUGAUCAGGAUCUUUUCUGGGACAAUGACGAUACAGUCUACCUCUCCACCACCUACCGCAAACACAUCCGCACGGAAGUAACACCCCCGAUAAAAGACUUCGCCAUCCACAUCACCACCGUUGAUCUCGCAACCGGCCGUUCCACGUCCUUGCCCAAAUGCAUACGCGCAUCCACGUCUGGCGUAGCAGAGGGCUCUCACAUUCUCAAACGCAACGGAUACUAUUACCUGUUUACAGCCGAAGGCGGUACGGAAUCCGGACACUGCGAAUGGGUGGCACGGUCCAAGGAAAGCCCGUUUGGGCCGUGGGAAGUAGGACCAAGCAACCCGUUGUGGAGGAAUGGGAUAGGGGAUGAGGUGCAGAAUACGGGACAUGCUGAUUUUGUGGAGGAUGCGGAGGGGAAUUGGUGGGCUGUUUGUCUUGGGGUGAGGCCUUUGAAGAGUGGGGAGGAGUGGAGGAAUUCUGUGUUUGGAAGAGAAACUUUCCUCACACCAAUGACCUGGUCCAACGACGACUGGCCAGUCAUAAACUCCAGCUCCCCAAUAACCCUCCAGUCCUCCGGCCCAGGGAAAUACCAACUCGAGCACAGCCCCAAAUUCCGCGACGAUUUCACCACUCCCAACCUGAAACUAGGCUGGUAUAGAAAAAACACCCCCCUAAAACCCGACAUCCUCACCACAAACUCCACCCUCACCCUCCUAGGCUCCGCCUACACCGUCUCCAGCCCCAGCACACCCACUUUGAUUCUCCGCAAACAAAGCUCUCGCGUCCAGCUCUUCAGCACAUUGUUGCGAUCCUACGUCCCAAACUCCGAACGCACAGAAGCCGGCGUAGUGAUUUACUGGAAUCAUUUCUCGUACGCAAGUCUAGGCGUGCGCUUAUCCCCAGCUGGAAAGAGAAUGUUGCGAUUAACGCACGAACAACCCGCUGGGAAGGAGGUGAAAGACGUGGAAUUAAGGGGUAUGGGUGGGGAUAUCACGUUUUUUAUUAAGAGUACGGAGGAGGAUUAUGUUUUUGGGUAUAUGGAGAGUUUAGGUUCCUCGGGGGAUGAGCAAGGAGUUCAAUGGUUGGAGCCUAUACCGAAUACAACUUUAACGAUUGAUCCACCGAUCGGCAUGGCGUUUACGGGGAUGAUGAUGGGGCUUUACGCCUUUGGGGAGAUGGAAGGGUGUCUCGUGCCAGCGGAAUUUGGAUGGGUGGAAGUUUCCUGA